GUUUUACGUCGGUGUGCGUCAGCUUCUCAGUCCCCCCCCCCUCCCACCAUCACCGUUCUAUAGAGGAAGAAAGGGGGAGACGGGCAACCUCUACUGAACGCCUUCACACAAUUAUGAGCGGCAGCGGGCGGCCCAGGACCAGCUCAUUCGCUGAGCCUCCCGGAGCUCCCGGAUCCGCUGCAGCCGGUGCCGGAUCAUCAGUAGCCGGUGGAAGCUCGACAGGAAAAACUGGGGCUUCACAAGCCAGUGGAAGCAGCUCGACGAGCUUUGGGAAUUUGAAACUUCCCAGAGACAGUGGCAAGGUGACAACGGUGGUAGCCACACCAGGCCAAGGUCCUGACCGCCCACAGGAAGUGUCCUAUACAGACAUAAAGGUUAUAGGAAAUGGCUCCUUUGGGGUGGUCUACCAGGCUCGCCUCAUCGACAGCCAGGAGAUGGUGGCGAUUAAGAAAGUUCUCCAAGACAAGAGGUUUAAGAAUAGAGAGCUGCAAAUUAUGAGAAAACUGGACCACUGCAACAUCGUGAGGCUACGCUACUUCUUCUACUCCAGUGGAGAGAAGAAAGAUGAGGUGUAUUUGAAUCUGGUGCUGGACUUCGUACCCGAGACGGUGUACAGGGUGGCUCGGCAUUUCAACAAAGCAAAGACCACCAUCCCCAUCAUCUAUGUUAAGGUGUACAUGUAUCAGCUGUUCCGCAGUCUGGCUUAUAUCCAUUCCCAGGGUGUGUGUCACAGAGACAUCAAGCCCCAGAACCUCCUGGUGGACCCAGAGACGGCCAUCCUCAAACUCUGUGACUUCGGCAGUGCGAAGCAGUUAGUUCGGGGGGAGCCAAAUGUGUCCUAUAUCUGCUCGCGGUACUAUCGUGCCCCGGAGCUCAUCUUUGGUGCCACCGACUACACAUCCAACAUUGACAUCUGGUCGGCCGGCUGCGUGCUGGCCGAGCUGCUGCUGGGCCAGCCCAUCUUCCCUGGGGACAGCGGAGUGGACCAGCUAGUAGAAAUCAUCAAGGUUCUGGGGACACCAACAAGGGAGCAGAUCCGAGAGAUGAACCCUAACUACACAGAGUUCAAAUUCCCUCAGAUCAAAGCACACCCUUGGACAAAGGUGUUCAAGCCUCGCACCCCACCGGAGGCCAUUGCCCUCUGCUCUCGACUGCUGGAAUACACGCCGGUGACCAGGCUGUCUCCCCUGGAGGCGUGUGCGCACGCCUUCUUUGAUGAGCUGCGUCAGCCCAACACUCGCCUGCCGAGCGGACGAGAUCUGCCGCUCCUCUUCAACUUCAGUCCCGUCGAGCUGUCUAUCCAGCCCCAGUUGAACUCCACACUCAUUCCUCCUCACGCUCGUGUACAGACAUCGCCUGCCUCACAUGAGGGCAGUGUGUCAGACAGUACCGCCCAGCCCAGCUCAGCACCCGGAUCCAUCAACAACAGCACCUGAGCAUCCAGCCCUCUUGUCAUCCUUUUCUUUUUUUCUUCCCCCAUUUUCCUUUUCCCUCCUCUGCUCUUCUCCCUUUCAACCUCCCCUUUGGCUCCAAACCCUCAAAGUAAAAAAGAAAAGAAUAUACCCCCUUUUAACCUUUUCCAACAGAAAAUACUUUCUUUGGUUGCCAUCUUCAGAAGAUGAGGGGGUUGAUUUAAGGGUAUUUAGAUGCCCACACUUGGGCUCCGUAUAAGCUGGAGUGCACGCUGGCCCUGCUGUGGCCUGUUAGAAUGAUGCGGCUUUACAUUGGUUGGGAUAUUUAGGAGAUGGGGAUGGGGUUUGUCCAUGCUAAAUGGAUGUUCUGUGUUGUGAGAUACAGUUGACUUUUAUCCCUUUUUUAUGUUUAUUUUAUUUGCAUUAGCAUAUUUUAUGUGUGGCCGCGGUGCCAUAGUGAGGGCCGUAUGGGCCCGACUAAUAUUGACAAUCAUCCUUAGUGGGGUCAAAAAUGGCACACUUGUAGUGUACGUGUUGGAUCGUACAUCACACUGAAUGUAGAGAAGUGACUUUGCUGUCACUUUCUACCCCAAAACUCUACUCAAAUAUUGUCAGCUCACUCGGCCAAAAUGUGAACAACUGUGAGGAAUUACUUUUAAUCUCUCAAUUUGAUACCAGACGGAAGAUAUUGGCGGACUCUGGCUCAUUUUAGAUAAGUUGUUUUUAAAUUUUAUUACAAAUGAGGGCACCACAGCCUGUCUUUACAGUUUCUUUUUGAAUAUCUCGCUCCGCAACUGCCUUUUUUAAAAAAUGUGAACGAGAAAGGAGCAGUGCACACUUUCAGUUUCCUCAGUAUAAGCUUGUCUUUUCAUUUGGUCGAGCUGGAAACCCAGCAAUUCAUGGCCAUUCUCAAAUGAGUAUUGCACAUCUCCAGAGGGAGUGGAGCAGAAGCAAAGGGGCGAGUUAUGUGACUCCACACGGAGGGAGCCGUGGACGUGGGGCUCCACUUCAGUACAGUUUUCAACAAUGCCUCUCACGUCAUAAACACAGAAGUCACCUCAAUAAUUGUCUUUUUUUGUUUAAAACUGGCUUGAUUAUGUUAAAGGUGCACAGGGAGACUUCUGGCUUGUCAUUGUCGAUUCAGCUGGUCGGUUUGUGCAGGAGGAGGACUCUGAAUGAAUUCUGUUUGGUUCGCGACCCUCUUCGCCCACUUCCCAGACAAGCCUGCCUUUUGACGCUCGUAUCAUGUUCUUGGUGGCCCGUGGGGGCGGUCGUGGGUUUGAUUUUGAUCGGCCUGACGUCACCACCAGUUGUCUUUCUUCCACCACGCAAAUGUGCAUGCUCAACCCACGAUGCCCAGACUGUAUCUCCUCCACUAAUCUCAGUAAUAAUCAGACAGACAAUGAUGCUCGAAUCCCUAGAAGCCAACAGCUUUUGGAGCCUUCCCGUCCACUCCUUUUUGUCCUCCUCCCGCUGCCUUCUGCUUCCCUCUUUCCUUCUCCUUUUUUCACUGCUAAACUGUAAAUAUCAAGUACCUUUUAUUUUAUUAUUGUUAUUAUAUUGUACUUGUAAUUUUUUUUUUCUUCUGUAGUAGCCCGGCGCAGCAGUUGCCGGACUGUUUAUCCUCAGUCGCAGUCUGUAAAUACGAUUUCAUUUCAGUCCCUGGUUCAGGAGGGGAAAACAGAACAAAAUGUUUCAUUUUUAUUCUCUCCCUCAAUUUCUCUCUUUACGACUUUCUGUUCACCCCAUAAAUGUUGACAUAACUGUUUUAUUUAUUGUGUUGGCUUUUUUUAGGGUGAGGGGGGUCAUUUAUUUUCCACUAGGGUGAAACUUUUUAUUUAACUCCAAAUUUCAGUCCAGCAACGUCAUACGCAAAACAAUUUCACAUCCAAGAUACUGUAUGGAGAUCCCGACGUCGGUGUGUCCUUCCCGAUUAGCGCUCUUGUUUCUCUCCAGGUGCACAUGCGAGCCAACAGGUGGAACUCCACUUUUCCAUUUAACUUCAACGUGAAGGGAAUGUUACAAGCAUCCGGAUCUUUGGGGUUGAAGUGUUGGGAAGGAGCAUGUAUCACCCGUUGUGUGUGUGUGUGUGUGUGUGUGUGUGAGAGAGAGAACGAGGGAGAGCGCGAGUGUGUCUGCAGGAAAGGGAAAAUAAUGAACUUGCCUACCGACAUGUGUCAUCUCCUGUGUCCGACUGUCUCCUGUUUCCACUGACUGUGUGGUGUGAGUGAGACAGGUCUGUCCUGUUAGUACAGUGUGUAUGCGUCAGAUACUCGAGGAGUUGCUUGAGCACAGCUGCAGGGAAUGUAUGCGUUUUUAUGGGUGCUGGCAGAGCGUGGACAUUAUUUUUCAUUCCUAAAUGAAGAGCUGACUAAAUUUUAAUGUUUUAGUUUCAUCUUCCGAUUUGUCACACCUCGUUUUUAAAUUUGCUGUGACCCUGCUCUUUUAUCACCAUUGUCUGAGGGUAAAAUGUGUUUGUUGGGAACAGAGCGGUUGGAUAAAGGAGAUGUUAAAGAGAGGGAUAGAGGGAGAGAAACAGUUUUUGUUUGGUAUAAAUAAUUAAACUCAUUAAUAAAGUGAUGAAACUGU